GCAGCGCAGGACUCACUCCAGCAGCGGCGUGUCGUCCCUCAACAAACGCGAGCAAUGCGCGCACGGGCGAGCCGAACGCCAGCGAAACACGCUCCGCAGACCGGCGCCCGCCGUGGAUUAAACCGGGGAACUCUCCGAGUCAUGGCCGAGACGGCGAAGAAGUGAAGGCUGACGCGUCGAGUCCGGAGCGCGCUCUGAUUUCGCGUACUAGACGCGCAGGAGUAUGCGUGAUCCCAGCUGAUCGAGACUCGAACCCGCAGCGUUUAACCUCACGAACCAUUGCUCAACUCCACACCCGCGCUCGCUCCAGAAACAGCUCAAAUUAGCUCAUUAGUUCGGCUGGCGAGCUCGCUAAUGAUGGCGGGGAAGCUGACAGCGCAGGGCGCGGGAAUCCUGCUGGUCACCGCCAACGUCGGAUCGCUGUUUGAAGAUCCGGAGAACCUACAGAAGACGUGGCUGCGGGAGUUUUGCCAGACGGUUCAAGCUCACCGACCGCUCUUCGUGGCUCUUCACUGUCAGGAGGUCGGAGGGAAGAAUUACGAGGCGUCCAUGACACACGUGGACAGCUUCAUCAAAGAGCUACUGUCCAGUGAUGCCUUGAAGGACUUCAGCCGUGCUCGUGUCUACCUCGACAAGAACUACAAAUCCCAGGAGCAGUUCACAGCACUGGGAUGUUGCUACUUCAUCCACGAAUCCUUGAAAAACAUCCAGCAGUUUGAUUUCAAAGCCAAGAAGUUCAGGAAGGUGGUUGGGAAGGAGGUGUGUUCGGACGCUCUUCCAAGAGCAGCCAUGCUGGAGAAGGAGAAGUUUCCUCAAGACUAUUUCCCUGAGAGUAAAUGGUCCAGAAAAGGCUUCAUCCGAACCCGAUGGGCGCUGGCUGACUGUGCCUUUGACCUGGUGAACAUCCACCUGUUUCACGACGCGUCGAACCUGGUGGCGUGGGAGAAGAGUCCGUCGGUCUACUCGGGAACGCGGCAGAAAGCCCUGGGCUUCGUGAUGGACAGGUGAGACAGUCUGCUAAAUGCAUGCUCACUCUGAAGAAAUGCAUCAAGUGCUCGUGAAUUACGGCUCAGAGAUCAUGUUUUUCCACUCACGCCUUCGCUUUCUGUCCAAUGAGAGGCGAGAGCGGCUUUAUUAGGCCAUCAUUUACCUGAUUUACAGCCGUGAUGAUGUUUAAAAGACCUUUCUGGUUGCUUGCAUUGAGGAUUUUCACAGGAUUUUCAGUCUCAUAAACCUGUUUUCCUCUGAUUACAUUACGUUCCCCAAGUGUUGCGUGCAAUCUGAAGUAAUGUGCUCCUAAAAGGAAAUCAUUUUAUUU